GUGACACGUGUUGAAUGCCCAUACCUGAGUGGAGAUACCAGAGCAGCUCAGACAGAAAACGGCAACAUGAGGACACGCACGCUCUUGUCCAUAACUCUGCUGGGCCUGCUGCUGUGGGUCUCCUCCAUCCAGGCUGAAGACGCAGACGCCAGCGCUGACAACCAGACAGAAACACAAGAAGACACAUCAACAGAGGAGACUUUAGGAAAGAUGGAAGAUGAGGAGGAUGAAACCAAAGAGGCACCAAAGAAAGAGAAAACAACUGAGAUAGAGGAGGAGAAAGAUGUGAUGGUCCUCCACAUCAGCAACUUUGAAAGAGCUCUCAGUGAAAACAAGUAUUUACUGGUCGAAUUCUAUGCACCCUGGUGUGGACACUGUAAAAAGCUGGAGCCACUUUACGCAGAGGCAGCUGGGAAGCUGAAGACGGAGGAGCCAAGGAUGCGUUUGGCCAAAGUGGAAGCCACAGAAGAGAGAGAGCUGGCAGAGGAGUUUGAUGUUGGAAGUUUCCCCACUCUGAAACUGUUCAUGAACGGAGACCGCAAGCAGCCCGUUGACUACACUGGUAAGAGGACAGUCGAGGGAAUAAUCGAGUGGAUGAAGCGUCGUUCAGGCCCCGGUGCUCUAGUGCUUGACUCUCCAGACUCUGCAGCUCAGUUCAUUGAUUCCCACAAGAUCGCUGUUGUUGGAUUCUUUGACGAUCUGGAAGGUGAGGCGGCCAAGGUGUUCAAGGAAGUUGUUUUGGAUGAGACCGACACUGAGUUUGCUCUGUCAUCGAGUCCUGAGGUUUUCCAGAAGUAUGAAGUAAAAGCCAACUCAGCCGUGCUCUUCAAAAAGUUUGAUGACGGCAGGGCAGACUUUGCGUUGUCAGAAGACGGGAAGCUGGACAAAACAAACUUCACCUCCUUCAUCAAGCAAAACAGCCUGGAGCUGAUCAUCCCAUUCAAACAGGAGACUGCAGAUAAGAUCUUCACCUCCACCAUCCUCCUGCACAGCCUGCUGUUCAUCAACUCCUCUGUGAAGAGUCAGACAGCUCUGCUGGAAGAUUCCAGGCCUGUCGCCAAACAGUUCAAGGGCAAGAUGCUCUUCAUCGUGAUCGAUGUGACAGAAUCCCUCUCUCAUGUGCUGUCAUACUUCGGCGUGUCCCCGAGCGACGCCCCCACUGCACGCAUCAUCAACAUGGAGUCAGGAAAGAAGUUCAACAUCCCUACCGAGGACCUCACACCAGAGUCUCUGACACAGUUGUGUCAGGAGGUUGUGGAUGGCACUGCCAAGCCCUAUUAUCGGUCUGAGGACAUCCCAGAGGACUGGAACAAGGGACCAGUCAAAGUACUGGUGGGGAAGAAUUUUGAGUCUGUCGCUUUGGACCCGACCAAAAACGUCUUUGUGGAGUUUUAUGCUCCGUGGUGUGGACACUGUAAGGAACUGGCUCCGAUCUGGGACAAGCUGGGUGAAAAGUACGCAGAGAGUGAUGACAUCAUCAUAGCCAAGAUGGAUGCCACGACCAACGAGGUUGAGUCUCUUGCCAUUCAAGGAUUCCCAACACUCAAAUACUUCCCAGCUGGUGGCAAAGAGGCCGUCGAUUACAGUGGAAACAGAGAUCUGGAGUCCAUGUCUAAGUUUCUGGAUGAUGGUGGAGUGAUGCCUGAGGAAGCGGCUGAGGAGGAUGAUGAGGACGACGAGGAUGAUAAAGAAGACGACGACGACGAUGAUGAUGAUAGCAAGGAGACUGAUAAGUCUGCAGAGGUACCAGCCGACAAAUCUAAAGAUGAGCUGUGACAUCAUUUUGGUUUCUGACCAAUGCGGAUCGACCUAGCAUCUUUCAAUUUUUCUUAAUAAAAUGAAUUUGGGUUACAAACAGA